UAAUGCAGUCCUAGCUCCGUGCAGAGAGAUACUGUGCUCUGCUCGUUAAACAAGAUUUAUAAGCCAGGGAGCUGUUCCUGCAGAGGGAGGUCACAAUGUAACUGGGAAAUCGGACACAAGCCCCUCACAUGACGACACAACAAUGACCACCUACUCUAACCAUGACUUGCGGGAAAACAUCCAGCUAAACAUCCAGUCUAGUGACUCUCAGGAAAUUCAUCAUGCUGGGGUCAGGUUUUAAGGCUGAACGUCUUAGAGUAAAUCUCAAACUUGCUAUGAACCGUCUAAAAUUACUAGAGAAAAAGAAAACUGAAUUAGCACUGAAAUCCAGAAAGGAGAUAGCUGAUUACUUGUCAUCUAGAAAGGAUGAGAGAGCUCGGAUUCGUGUGGAACAUAUUAUUAGAGAAGACUAUCUUGUAGAGGCUAUGGAGAUCCUGGAACUGUACUGUGACUUGCUGCUUGCAAGAUAUGGAAUUAUCCAGUCAAUGAAGAAUCUGGACCCUGGCUUGGCAGAAGCUGUCUCUACAUUGAUCUGGGCAGCUCCACAUUUGCAGACAGAAGUACCUGAAUUAAAGAUAGUAGCCAAUCAACUUUGCCAUAAAUACAGCAAGGAGUAUGGAAUUCUUUGUCAGACAAACCAAAUUGGAACAGUUAGCAACCGAUUGAUGCACAAACUAAGUAUUGAAACUCCCCCACGAAUCCUUGUUGAGAAGUACCUGAUUGAAAUUGCGAAGAACUACAAUGUUCCAUAUGAGGCAGAUGCUUUUGUUAUGGAUGGAGCUCACUCUGGUUUCCCGAUGGAUCCCCCCAAUAGUACAUUUAUAAAAGAUGACAAGAAGGGGGGGAAUAACAACAGAGGAGGAGGCCAAGGAAAUGGGGGAGCUGGAGGUGGAGAAUUCAGAAAUACUUUACUGUCCUCCCCACACCACACAAAAAGGGAAGACUUUGGUUGCAACAUUGGAAUUUAUGAACCUUGUACAUUCCUACAACCACCUGAGGGGGGUAAACAUGCUUCUGAGAUCCCAAGAAUCCCUCCAGCCUAUGAGUCAAUUGAUGACUUUAAUGCAAAUGCUGCACGAGAGUUUGGAAAAAGAAAUGUCCAAGAAAACUACAAUGACCUGCCAUUACCAAAACUUCCGUCAGUGCCAGUUAGCCCAGCUACCCAUUUCCCACCUGUUGAUCCUUCUCCAUAUGAAGAUAUAGACUUUGAAGAUCUAUCAAAAAGGUUGGAUGAACUUAAAAAGAAAACAUAAACACUGUCGGUGCAGGAGAGAUGUUUUUGAAAUGCUUUUGAAUGUCCAGCAAUAUAAUUAUUUCUAAAACUACAUAAUCAAAAACUUGUAUUAGUAAUGUUCAUAUGUAUAUAUCAUUAUUCUACCCAAGGGCUUAGCACACUUGACUCCAUUUAUAACUCAAUAGCAAUUGAUAUACUGUAUAUGCUAUUACUAGCCAGCUUAAUAGUACUUAGUAGACUGUGGAUGCAUUUCACUCAGAUGUUUGAACAGGUACUACAAUAAGUAUUUUUUUCUUUGUGUUUCUUAAAGAAGAUAUUUGUAUAACAGGUUUAUCUUUAUUAAAAACAAAGAGGUUCAUCAGAAUAAUGACUUUUUUUCUAGCUUGUGGAAUAAUGUCGCUAAUUCAAAGAUAUAUGAGUUGUCCAUAUCCGAUAUCAUAAUAUACCAUCAAACUGCUUAAAAAUGUGAAUUUUUAUGACAAAAAAAUUAAAAAGAGAAAAACAUCUUCAAGAAUUUUAAAUACAUAAGGUACCUUGGUGGCCCUGCUUUAAAUACCCUAAAAAACACACCAUUGGUUUAAAAUCCCUGUCUAAAAUAUUAACCCUUGACAUACUUAUUUAAGUUUAAAGUCAAGGACACAUUCAAUAGAGGCUUCCAAUUGUAUAAAAUACAUAAGAGAAGUGCUAAACUGGGAAUGGAUGGUGCCUACCCCAUGGGAUGGUACCCACCCAGGGUGGAGCUUCUUUCUGCCUAAUUUGUUCUUUCCCAGAAGAGAACUUUCCUGUAGUAUAUCAGGCUGACCCCAUCCAAAAGGACAGUCCAGCCCAAAAUAACAGGUAAUUCUAAUCUGAACAUAGGAUUUGUUUUGUACGUUUCGGCCUAUAUGGGCAUCGUCAGUGGUGGUGCAGCUAUAUUCCUCUAGGCACAAAUGUAUAACAGCUUGUUUAACACAAUGUUACAAUUAUAACUAUUGCAUGCAUAUAUUACUCUUCACUUACUAUUUUUAACUUAUAACACCUCAGUUAUUACAAUGACAAUAGUUUUAUGUGAAAUAAUACAAAAGUAAAGGGAACAAUCCUUAUCUAUGUUCAUUAAGCAGCAUUCUGUACACAGCAAGAUUUGAUCCACUUGCAAAAGAAAGAGUAAUCAGAAAUAUGUGUGUAAGUAUGUAAACAUACAUAGGGGUACAUUUAUCAUACCCCAGGCGGACAUGAUUAUAUAGCGAAUCAUGUCCGCCAUGCAUCGCUAAAUGCAGACAGCAUUUGCUGUCAGCCUUUAACAUUGCACAAGCAGUUCUGGUGAACUGCUUGUGCAAUGCGGCCCCCUACAGAUUUGCGGCCAAUCGGCCGCUAGCAGGGGGUGUCAAUCAACCUGAUCGCAUGCAUUUGGGCGGAUUGCUGUCCGCCGCCUCAGAGGUGGCGGAGGAUGAAGGAGCAGCAGUCUUAAGACGCUGUUUCUUAACUCCUGUUUCCGGGGAGCCUAAAGGCUCACGUGGAAACAGCUGCAUCAAGCUUCAUACGGAGCUUGAUGAUUCACCCCUAUACUAUUUACAUAUUAUGUAAAAAAUAAAUAAAGAGAAAAAAGGGUCACCUUGUAACAGGGAAUUAUGUGUAAACCACUAAAAUGCAGUAUAAUGGCUUAUGGAGUGAUUUUCCUAUCCAGAGAUAUGUCCUUAUCCACCAGCAACCAAACAGUUGUGCAUAAUCAUUAAUUCCCUGUUAGUUUCAAACACAGUUUAAACAGCUUUAAAGUAUCCUUCUCUUGCCCUAAAAGGGACAUUAAAGGACCAGUAAACACAGCAGAUUUGCAUAAUCAACAAAUGCAAGAUAACAAGACAAUACCAUAGCAUUUACUCUGAAUUUAAAAUGAGUAGUAGAUUUUAUUCUAACAAGUUUUAAAGUUAUGUAUAUUUCCACUCCCCCUGUACCAUGUGAUAGCAAUCAGCCAAUACCAAAUGCAUAUACGUAUAGUCUGAGUUCUUGCACAUGCUCAGUAGGAGCUGGUGACUCCAAAAAGUGUAAAUAUAAAAGACUGUGCACAUUUUUUUUAAUGGAAGUAAAUUGGAAAGUUGUUUAAAAUUACAUGCUGUAUCUGAAUCAUGAAAAUUUAAUAAAACCUGAGUGUCCCUUUAAGUUCAUUAUUAUAUGCAUUGUAUGUAACAACAAUUAUAAACUGCAUUGUAUAAAAAUAAAUGUUUUAUUUCAAUUGGAAA